AUGAUGGCGUUAUCGGCUGAGUUUUACCGAGCGUUUGGAUUGUUUCAAGUUUCUUUGGUCUUCCUUGGAUCCAGUCUUGCUUACGCUGAAAAUAAUCCCUCGCCACGAUUUCCAGUUGGCGAUCCACGAAACUGUCCUCUUACAAACGGAGUUCAUCGCGCCGAGGUUCUUCCGGGAGGCGGCUGGGACAACCUAAGAAAUGUUCAUAUGGGCGCUGUUUCAGUGAUGAAUUACUCCAAGUGCAAGACUUCAGACGACGGCAAGUAUCUCAUUCCCGAUGAUGUGUUCCUGUAUCCUAUCAAGGAGAGCAAAGUGCAUGUAUUUGCUGAAAUGUACGAUCACUGGCACAACUAUUCGUCCACCACAACGAAGUCUAUUAAUGCUGAAGGAAAAUUUGGUUUUGGAAGUGUAAGUGGUUCGUUUUCUUCUGAGUUCGAAUCAGUGAAGAAACAUCAAGUGGAAGAUAAGACUGUAACCACUCGAGCACAACUACGCCAUGUUUUAUACACGGCGAAACUCCAGCCCGAUGCCCCCCUAGAGCUACCGUUCAAGUCCCGUUUGCUCGAGAUCGCAUCUCACUUACAGCAUAUCAAUACUGCCUGUGCGAAUUUUCUCGCCCUAAAAUUAGUUCGAGAUUUCGGAACGCAUUAUGUUACAGGCGUCAAGGCCGGAACAGCCCUGGCCAAAGUGGAUCACUUGACAAAGAAAUUCGUUGCUGGUUUCAGUGAAGAUAAAAGUAAGAUCACAGCCGCCGCGAGUGCAUCUUUUUUGGGAAAGUUUGGAGUCGGUGCUGGCUAUACUCAGACAACAGACAAAAAAGUUUUGGAUGAAUACACACAGAACAUCGUUUAUUCCACAGUAUAUACAUUCGGUGGACCUCCAUUCAGGAUGAAUUUUACCAUUAAUAAAUCGGAAGACCAACUAUCGGAUGAGCUGGUUGCAGUUGAUCGGUCCGGAGACCCUCUUCACUUUGCAAUUACACCCAAAAGUGUACCAGAAUUGUCCGAAGAACUGGUCUUCAAACUAGCCAACGUUGUCGGAAAAGCCAUUAAGCAGUACUAUGAGCACAAUACCAUUAAAGGAUGCACCAAAAUGGACUCUCCGAACUUCAGCUUUCAGGCCAACCUCGACGAUGGAUCUUGCGAGAGUCCAACCAAUAACUACACCUUUGGGGGCGUUUAUCAAACGUGCCAAUGUGAUGGCUCUCUAUCCAGUAAUCCAUGUGAAUCCUUUCUCCAGAAGAACCCUCUCACGGCCAACUACUCUUGUAGUAAUGGUUAUGAACCAGUCAUGGUACAUCAAGGUCGCACACCCGAAAGCUGUCAUCGUGAGUGCCACGGAUGGUGGAUUUUUAAAAGCUGCGACACUCAUUGCAGAUUCGCCAGCUGCGACACCUACUGGUGUGUUGCUAAAGGUUCGGUGCCUCGUAAUACAGGAUAUCUCUUUGGUGGACUCUACAGCAAUGUGUUAAAGAACCCAGUCACACAAGAUCACAGCUGUCCAGCGAAGUUUUAUGCCUUGCGCUUCGGAACCACUAUGCAAAUUUGUGUGAGCGAUGACUACGAGCUAGGCUUCCAGCAGUCAGUCCCCUUUGGUGGCUUCUUCAGUUGUAAUACUGGUAAUCCUCUCGGUGUAAAGAAAGUAGCGGACAGUACCAAAGGAUCAAACGGUAUGUUCUCCCUUUCCCUUAUACACCUUAUAUUGGUAGGCAUGUUCUCUCUGCUUUUCUCAAGACAUUUCCUAUUUUAACGACGGGGAGAAAUUGUUUAACGAUCAAGAGCUUCUUUGAUAAAUGAUUAUUUUUUUUGUAUUCGUGACCUUAGUGUUUGAUUUAGGAGUGAGAAUGUGAAGAGAAAUUAGAUACUUAUCACUGUUAGAGGUUGAAGGGUUACAUUGAAAUAGACCCUUAAGCUUAAUGGUUUCGUUUUCUUCCUUUUUUUGCCUUUGAUAUAACUUUUUUUUUAUCCUUAAUGAUUGCUAGAAAUUCUUAAAACUCAAAAAAGCCUGAUUAUUUUAAGAUCAGUAGGCGCAUUUGAUUCUUGCUUUCUCGUUGUUGCGAUUUUGCUUAGGAUCAAUAUAUCAUUUUGUUGCAAUUUUAUCUGAAAGCAACUCUAAAAAGCUUUAGUGGCAAAGAGCAUUUAACUGCCAAAUGAAAAUAGAGCCUGACUUUCUGGUUUCAAUUACCACUCGGCCAACCUACAACUCAUCAACAAUUGACGGCCUUUGUUUUCCAACGCAGGUAUGGCUUUUUCUUUCGUUUUUCCUUGAAAACAUGUUUCCCAUGAAACUUUGUUCUAAAUAAGUAAUGUUCGGCUUUUCCAAUUGUUUUGCGGUACUAUUUUCUUCCGACUAUGAAGGAAAUUUUGAAAGUCAUGGUUUGGUAUCAAUCGAUAAGUUUUUUUUUUCUUCUAGCUCGGUGAGAAGCUACGACACCUUUUUAAGUCCAUGAAUGGUUAGGGAAUAUGACCGCAUUUAUGAGAACUAGAAAAAAAAUGAGCGAGAUAAUUUUGUACACUUUCGAGUCGCAUAAAUAAAGUAAAUGUUGACACUCAGAAUCGGCUACAUAUGGGAAAUGCUUGUUGACAUCUAGCGUUAUACAGUGAUAAGAUCUUGAUAAAAGAGAUUUCACACGAAAUUUCUAAAUCAGGAGCACAAGCGAACGAUCGAGGAACAAAGCCAACAUCUAACUCGGGUUCUUUCUUUUUCGCGGUAAAGCCUGAACACAACUUAGCCACUGUCAUUUAUCUCCGCCCUUAAUGCAGGGUGGCCAAACCAAUACCUUGAGACCUUACCAUUCGCGUCCACCUAUCCCAGUUAAUUUCGCUCAUAUCUGAAUUAGAACUGUGUUUUCUUUUAUCGAACACAACGAGACAGGUUGAGACAACGAUCAAAUCUUCCUUCAUUCGUUUGCUUAUCCGUUUUGUCUUUUGCUACUUUGCAGGUCACUCAGGCUUGGAGUUGUUUGUGAACCAGUCUGGUCCGUCUGUGUGGCCUAAAACCUGUCCAAUAGGUUAUUCUCAACACUUGGGAGCCAUUGAAGAAGACUGUGAGAUCAACUUCUGCGUGAAGUCCAAUAUAUUCAACAGCCAGGGAUUUCCCAUCAUCAAAAGACCUCCUUACUCGAAUGCGCCCAAAAUUUAUAAAUACACCGUGCCCUUGCUUGUGGUUAACAAUGACACCGGACAAAUUUGGUCAAAACGAUCCAACUCAACACAUUGGGUUUUGGCCACUAAAAGGUGAGUGACGGGAAUGUCAUUCUCUGAGCAGAGUCGGUACUGAGUAGAAUACUACAUGGUGGAAACCUAUUGUCAGUGACAGUAAAAGCCAUCAUCAGAGUAAAGUGAGAGGUUGUUUGCUAGUCGAAUGACUGCGCAGGUUUCUUUGUGUUAUCAUUAGUUUUAAGCUCGAGUAGAGUUCGUCAAUUUCGAUCUCUACGGUUAGUAAAGUUAGGUCGUUCAGAUCAUUGGUUAUAUCCAUGUUCCGAGAGGAGAAGGGAAAAGGGGGGGAGCGGAAGAUUUUUAGGGGAUCACAAUGUUUUAAGGGGAAACUGCAAGGGGAUCAGCAGUUUCUAGCAGAGUUUAUGAGGGGGGGAAAUAGAAAAUUGACUGCCAGUGAGGGGAGGGGGAUCAUGAGAAUACUGCAAAGCCUCACGAGAAGAUCAUCUGAAUUUUAUCAUGACGCAACCAAAAUCCUCGUCCCCCCCCCUUCCCUCACUCUCCCUCGAUGUCCCCAAACUUGUUGACCAACCAACGAACAGAAUAAUAACAAAUCAAGGGACAAGGAAACUAAAUUUAUUAGCAGAGCUAAAUGAACUGACUGUCACUAUUAUUUCAACGAGCUGGAUCUUCUCAGGGAAUUAAUAAACCAUUUCUCGUAUCUCUUUCGCAUCCAGCUCGGUUGCUGAACUUGCAGCCGAAACCAACCCAGAUGGUCUUGCGCAUGAAAACGUGAAAUCUACCACUCAUGGCAAACAAAAGUCUUCCUCCCAGAGUUCCCGUGAUGCCAAGGGUGCCGGGGCCAUGGCUGGUAUUACAUUCGGCGUGACAACAUUGCUGAUCGCAGUCAUGGUUAUUGGCUGGCGUCGCCAUAAGACCAAUCAAAGAGAGAGCAGCGGUUUGAUGGAGCCAUUGAUUCCCACUGAGUGCGACGCAGUUAAUGAGCAAGGAAGCCUACGAGUUUGA